AUGAAACAAACCAAACGCAGGAAACAGCUUGACGAAGUGCAUGGGAAUGGAUUUCUCAAAAGAGACACAGAUAUUGGGAAAAGACAAAAGCUGGCUGAAAUCCACAAAGCCUUAAAUAGUGAUCCUGUGGAUAUUGAGACCUUGAGGAGGGCAGCGGUCAGUAAAGGAGGGCUUCUUACCGAUGAACUGAGGAGAAAAGUCUGGCCUAAACUAUUGAACAUAAAUGGGUUUGAUUUGCCGCAUAAACCUGGCAAAGACGUGAGGGAGAAUCACAAAGACCUGAACCAAGUGCUGCUAGACGUCAGGCGCUCCAUGAAGCGUUUUCCUAAGGGCAUGCCGUCUGUGGAGAGAGCAGUUCUACAAGAGCAGCUCAUUGACAUUAUACUAGACGUGUUAAAGCGUCAUACCCAGCUUCACUAUUACCAAGGUUACCAUGACGUAGCUGUGACUCUACUCCUGCUGGUCGGAGAGCGCAUGGCCCUCGCUAUGCUCAACAAACUCUCCAAUUUUCAUCUUCGGGACUUCAUGGAUCCCACCAUGGACCGCACCAAGCAUAUCUUAAACUACUUGAUGCCUAUUUUGGAACAGGUGGACACCGAGCUUCAUGAUUUCAUGAUGAGAGCGGAGGUGGGCACUAUCUUCGCCCUGUCCUGGCUGAUCACAUGGUACGGUCACGUCCUGUCUGAGUUCAAACACACCCUGAGACUCUACGACUUCUUCUUGGCCUCUCAUCCUCUGAUGCCCAUCUACCUCGCCGCUGCGAUCGUUUUGCACCGAGAGAAGGAAGUGAAGACCACCGAGUGUGACAUGGCUAUGGUUCACCACCUCCUGUCCCGCAUCCCUCCGGACCUCCCGUACGAGCUGCUGAUCGCCCGGGCGCAGGAUCUCUUUGACCGAUACCCCCCCUCUGUACUGGCCAAGAAGGCAGCACUGCAGUCCAGAAGGAGGUAA